AUGUCCUAUGUUGAUCCUACGUAAUGGCUAAAUUGCUUUGCACGAUAUGGGCGUUGAUGUUGAACAGCUUAGACGUGUCCAUUUUCAAAACGUGUUUCGCCAAUGCGAUGGAAGAUGAUUUUGGUGAACCAUUGAUCACAGGACCACCGAUAACUAGUUUCCUCUUUGCUGCUGGAGUCUACGUCAUCGUGGCACAAUCGACAUUAUUUCCGGAAUCCUUUCGCAAACCUAAUCCAACGUUGCUCUGCAUUUACGAGUUUCUUACGACAGCGUUCUUCCUGGAGUUCUCGAUCGCCUGCAUCUGGACACCCAUCGAUGUGCUCAUGCUAACUACUCUGCCCAAGGCCAUUUGCCACACUCUUCAAGAUUAUGGAUACAACGAGGUCGCUGAAACCUUCGUAGCCAACAAAUCGUCUAUGGCUGCACUUAGCUACGGAACUUCUAUGACCUUUUUUCUAUUAGCAUUGCACGUUACUAAAACUGUCGACUAUGAGAUACUUACAGAACGCGGACUUACUUACUUCGGUUCCCAUUUGAAAAAUAAACUUUGGCAACAAAUACAGAGCGAACUACCGAAAUCGAAGCAGAUCAAAAGAUGUCCUUGUAAACCUCGAAGGAAUAAUCGUAGCAAGAGUCGUGGCAAGGAUUAUUAA